AUGUCGUACCAGGCAAGACCAGCAGGAUCGGCCCCCAGCGGUGGCGCAGGAUUGGGUGGGAUGGCGACGCGCAACCCGGUGAUGGAGUACAUUUGCGCCGACUGUGCCGCCACCAACGAGAUCCGACCCCGAGAACCCAUCCGGUGCAGAGAAUGCGGUCACCGUGUCAUGUACAAGAAGAGGACCAAGCGCAUGUUGCAUUUCGAAGCUCGUUAA